UUGCGCAACGAGGAGCGCGCAGCGUCUCAGUAUGUGCAGGAAGGUACAAGUGCGUUCGUAACAUCAUGUAUCGUUGAAAAAGUGUUAUUUUUCUGCUAAUUACGUUAUUUUGACCAAAGUUUCGUGGAUGAAGUUCCAUACAAGUAAUUCUCCUAUGGAAUAACUUAAUAACAACGAAACAACGACGGAGGUCCGAAAAUUUUCGGGGAACGUUACUUGGCUGAAUCAAACAAAAUGGCGACUAUCCUUUUCUUGGCGGUACUGUUUACUUGACCGUGAACGUUAUGUUCCUUACAAAGUGUGACAUUAAAGGUGUUGUGUAUUUAACUACUCUGCUAUUAAUUAAUAUCACUUUAAUUUGAUAUUUAAAAAAAAUCUUGUGCUGUUUAUUAUUUUCAACACCAUUUUCGCAAUCGUGCAUUAAUAGAAUAGGUAACAACGCGACAAACACGAAUAAAACGAUAAUACUACAUAUGUACGUGGUUAUGAGUGUGUGUGUGUGUGUAUACCAUAGUUUUUUUAUUACUUGCUAUUUUAUUUUUUCUCCAUUUCUCCUGAUUUUUGAUAUUGAUGUAUCUUAAAAAAUUUAUUCUGUGAGAUUCGCAACCUAUUUCGAUGCCUUACCCGGCAGCUUCAAUUGCAUAGCAACGAUAUUUCAUUUUCAUUUAACUAAGAACGUGGCGAGUUAAUUGGUAUUCUUGUUUAUCUCUUCUACUAUCGAUGCUUGUUCGAAUGUUUGCUCUUCUAUUUUAGAAGUGUAUAUAAUCUUUCAUUCUUUCGGAUACAACGACUUAUUACUGAAACGGAUGCGACAUCUUGCAAUUGUCCUUUUUGACAAGACAGCUUGAUUAAAACAGUAAAUACCGCGACAGUAAUUUAGCUUAGAAAAAAAUGUCUAGCUCGUACAUUAUCGAGCCACAAGAGAGCGGAUCAGGAAAGAAGGAUGAUACAUUAAUUAUCAUUGUCAAUGAUGAUGGUACUAUAUCUGUCGACCAAGAAACUUUGCAGACUUUAAUUAUGAAUCAAUCUAAUGCAAAUGUCAGCGUUGUUAGAGUAGGACAAGCAGAGACAGACACAGAAAAUGGAGAUAUUACAUUAACUGUAGAUCCUCCAAUGUUUACAUCUGCUGCAAUUAAUUCUGUUGGUACAUCUACCGGUGAUGCAACCAGUUUAGUUGAUCCUUUUAUGGAAAUGGAUCCAGAACAGUUGGAACGAUUAGAGACAGCUUUACAAAGUGAAGAGGCAAAACAAAUUCUUGGAGAAAAUGUCACAGCUAUGCUUGAUAUGUUAACAGUAGAGGAACAACAAAACUCUAUAAGGUAUAGCGUUAAGUUGGAUCACUGCUACACAAGUAGAUUAUCACCUUCUGAUCCAAAACCAAGGGAUCCAUUACCUGUUAUCGAUUCACCUACUUCCGACGAUGGUUUACAAUACGCACAUCAACAUUCUCCUGCUCCUGGAACAUCUAAAACAUCGUCGCCUGUCGGCGAAGCUGAGAAUACUGUCAUGAUCAAGCCAAAGGCUACAACCAAAACUGGUAAACCAGUUGGUCGGCCGCGAAAAAAUUUCCCCCCGACUUCUGUUCCUACCAGUAAUAGUAACACGAGAUCGUCGGCCAAUGUAGCAAAUACGCCUAAAUCUGUUGGACAUCCGGUUCCAAGGAAUAUAUUGCAGCAAGGUGUUGGAAAACAUCAAGGAAGAUCUAAUGACGAGGAUGAAGAAGAGUUAAUGUCAUCCAGUGAAUCAUCCGAGUCAGAGCCACCAUCUGACAAUGAUUCAGAUUUUGGUCCUCGAGGUCCUAGAAGAGGUGGUAUAAGAGCUAGAGGUGGUAGAAAAGGGCUUACUACCAGAGGAGGAAGUAUGGUAGCUACUCGUAGAAGAGGGCCCAACAAACAAAUGGAUAUGGAACAAGUUCGUCGAUUAGAUAUGGAAAUGGCUGCUGCUGUAAAUGCCAUGAAGAGUCCAGAGAAAGAUGAAAAAUCGGGAGGAUUUGGUUUCGUUAAAGGCAAGAGACAGCUUAAAACCGUUAUUGGUCGGAAGAAAGAGGAAUCGCAACGCAACGAAUCGUCUUCGAUAAUAAAUCAAGAUGUAUCGGGUAAUUUUGAAAAACCGUUGCAGACGACGAACCAAGUUAAAGCGAAUUUGAUCAAUGCUAAUAUGGUUAAGGGCGACAUGAUUCUUACAAAACCAGGACAGGGAAGAGCUAAUCAAAAAGUUACUUUUGUACAAAAGCAAGUGCUUAUGAAGUCGAAUGACCUUAAAAAUAUCGACGUAAAGAAGCAGGUGAUUCUUCCUAAAGGGAAAUUUUUUAAUCAAACCGGAACCAAAUUCUUCGCGACCAAAGAUGGCAAACUGGUCCAAAUACCUGUAACUACUAAAACUAUAACGUCAAACUUAUCGAUAACGCAAAUGAAAGGAGUGAUACCACAAGUGUCAUCAACACAACAGCCUGCCAUGAUACAAAGUCAGAUUUCAAAUGUGCAACAGCAGCAAUCCCAACAGUUGGCUAAAGUAACGACGCCUGCUGUUAUUUCAAAAAUUAAAUCUUGCGAUCCGAAGAAAGAGAAACGAAAAUCUGACGGUCUGGAAAGUGUUACGAAAAUAGAAAUCGAUACCAAUAAAACAACAGAGAUCAAAGUUUUUGAUGGUAUGAAAAAACAUGCAAAGAAAGAGAAUCGUAAAUCACCAGCGUACAUGGUGGAUACUUUAGGUCCUGCUCUUUUUUCAACCCCAGAUAUUAUUCGUCGUGUUGGUACAAAUGGUGAUUCAAAAGUACAAGAAAAUGUAGUAACACCGUCUGUAGCUGUUGUUUCUUCUGGAAAUUCUCUUAUGCAAGUAACACAUUCACCGUCAUCAUCGUCGACAUCGACAUCACCCAUAACAUCAAAUCGUUCAGGUAUUAUUUCUAUGUCUUCCGACCGAACUACACAUUCUGAAACAUCUAUCUCUACGGAAAAGCGAGAAAGUCACGAUUGUUUGAUAGAAAAUCAUGAAGCAGAGUCUAAGCCGGCUGUAAAAUCUAACGUAUCAGAAGAAUUACAACCAGCUCUGGACUCGGGCGCUAUAGAAGGCGAGGAACAUCUACUAGCUACAUUGGAAAUGGAAGCUAGUAAACAUGAAGAGGAAUUACUGGCUGAAGCGUUAUUAUUACAAGAAGAACUUGGAGUCGACUUGGCUGAACAUGCUGCGCUUGUAGAACAAGGAGGAAGUGUUGCGACGGAGUCGAUAACUUCAAAUAACAUGCUUAUUCCUUCCUUGAUCACAUCCGAGCAAGAAGGUACCAAAUCGGUGGAUGCUUCUGCGACAAUAAUCGUAACAACAACUACGACAAGCACAGCAACAGUUGCAACGAUGGCAACAACUAGCGCGAAUACAAAUGAACUUAAAGAGCCAGGGAAAAAGUUUAUCAAAGACGAUAAGGAACCUAUUCAAAUUAUUCGUGGUGGACGAGUAAUUACGUUACCUCCCAUCGAAGCACCAGCUACCAGAAGCAAACGAUUACAAAUUAAAAGUACUGAACCUAUUCAAAAAUCAUUUGAACCUGCCAAACGAAUGGAGAAGCACGGAGGUUACAGUGUACAAACAAUGCAACAAAGGGCAUCGUCGCAGUCUAUCAAACACGAAAUUCGUGCGAAUAUAGAUCAAGGUGAGAAAAAUGAAUGCGCAAUUCGGGUGGAAGAAGAAAAUAUGGAGGAGGAAGCCGAAGAAGAGGAGGAUGAAGAGGAGGAAGAUAUAAAAGAGAAAGAUCGGAAACAAGUCGGCGAAGAAGACGAAGAAGAGGAAGAAGAAGAGGAGGAGGAUAAUUCAGAUUCAGAAGAUGAUCCUGAUAGACUUUGGUGUAUAUGCAAAAGACCGCAUAACAAUCGUUUCAUGAUUUGUUGUGAUGUAUGCGAAGAUUGGUUUCAUGGAAAAUGCGUACAUGUCAGCAAAGCAAUGGGUCAACAAAUGGAGGAGAAAGGAAUAGAAUGGGUUUGCCCAAAUUGCACUAAAAAGAAAGAUGAAGAGAUAAAAGCUAAAUUGAGUACCCAGAGUGCUUCUGGAAAGCAACGGAUUCAAUCUGACACUGUAUUUGAGAAUACAAAAAACCUUCCUACAGUUAAUCAGAGUUCAUCUACUGGAGAAUCAUCGCCUUUGAUACAAUCUAGUUGUGACUAUGGUGGUGUUCAAUAUUCUAGUAGUAUGCAAUGUGUUGUUUGUAAAAAAGAAGCAAGAAACUCGAGCAUUUACUGUUCCGACGCAUGUAUACUUGCACAUGCCCAAGAAACAUUGACCAAAGACAAACCAAUACCAGGACCAACAAUUAGUCCAAAAGGAACAAGGUCGUCACCGUUCGACCCUGCUUCAAAGUCGAAAUCCGAUGCUCGAGUUAUCGUUUUUGAGAGGAAAAGUGGAAGAAUAUUAACAGGUUCAGACGCUCCUACAAGAUCAAAUUUGCGUACGUGGUUAAAGGAACAUCCUACGUUUGAAGUGGUUGGGACAAAUAAUCUUGGUGCACUGCAAAUAGGAAAAACAAUUACGACUAUUCAAACACAAAUACCUGGUAAAACAACAAAGUCUGCACUACUGUCACCCGCAAAAGGACAGAAUCUUCCGAAGAUGACGUACGCAAAAGUACCAGGUUCUAAGCAAAUGAUUUUGACAGCAGGAAAUAAAAAAUUUACACUUAUCUCUGGUGGACAACAGCAGCAACUACAAUUACAGCAGCAACAACAACAGCAGCAGCAGCAGCAGCAACAACAACAGCAAACUCAAUCGACAACUACAAAAUCAAUACAAAUCAAACAAACGUUAUUGCCAGGGUCAAACAAGAGUCCUUUGUUAUUAAAAACGACAAAAUUGAUUACUCAACCACAAAUAAAGCAAUUGGGUGUGCCUGUGUCACCGAAACAAACACCAAAUACAAAGAAACAAGAAUCAAAACAGGCAAUCAUACAAUCGAAACAACAGCAGAUUAAACCAAGCCCACCAAGAAAACCUGAGACAGAACCUAUAAGAUUAAAUAUACGAAAAACUUUGACAGAAUUGUUAUCCAGCCGUAUAAAAGAAACCGAAGAUUUGAAACUUACCGACGAGGAAAUAGCGGACCUAGCUUAUAAUAUCGAAUUAGAGUUAUAUAAAUAUUUCAAAGACACCGGUGCAAAGUACAAAGCCAAAUACAGAAGUCUCGUAUUUAAUAUAAAAGAUACGAAGAAUCUAACAUUGUUUAGAAAGAUAGCUGAUAGAUCGUUGACGCCAGAUGCGGUGGUGCGGUUAAGUCCUGAUGAAAUGGCCAGUCAAGAAUUGGCUGAAUGGAGGGAGAAAGAAACGAAGCAUCAGUUAGAAAUGAUUAAGAAAAACGAAUUAGAUUUAAUGGCUCAGGCUAAAUCUAUCGUCGUUAAAACGCACAAAGGUGAACAAAUAAUCGAGAAUGAUGGUGGUAUUGAUCAUGUGGAUCCAAAAACUCCCGUGCAAGAUAUCGUGACUGCAUUGAACAGUGCUGACAGCAUAAGUUCGACCGUGGAUGAUAUGGAGAAAGAUAUAGAAAAGGCAAUCGACGAGGAAAGAUUAAAAGGCAAGGAAGAUGCGAAAAAAUUGAGGAACUUGGACGAUAAGAAAAGGAAGGAAAAGGACAAAGAUAGAGGUAGGGAGAAAGAAAGAGAUAAAGAAAAAGAAAGGGGAAAGGAGAAGGAGAGUAACCGUUCAAAGGGUACGAGCGAUCGGCGUGGUAGAAGUAUCAGUAGAAGUAGACAUAAACACGGCAGAGACGAUAGGGAACGCAGUAAAACUAGAGAGAAAAGCAGAGAACGAAGGUCUCGAGAUAAGGAAGGGAAGCGUGAACGAGAAAAAGAUCGUGAUAAGGAAAAAGAACGGGAUCGUGAAAGAGAUCGAGAGAGAUCCAGAACUAGAGAUCGGGAGAAAUUAAAGCUCCGUGAAAAAAGUAGCAGAGAUAAAGCUAAGCAAAAAGAGAAGGACAGGGAGAAAGAGAGGGAACGGGAACGACACAAAAGCAAUGAAAAUAUUUUGAGAAGUCGCAAUAGUGCUUAUUCUGAACUGAAGAAUGUUGACAAAAGAGAAGACGAGAAGAAAAGAGAAACGGAAAAGAAAGAGGAAUUGUCAGGUUUAACGGGAACAUCGGCCGGAAAAUCUAUCGAAGAUCGGCUUUGGCGGCAUAUCGAAGACGAAGCAACUACCAACAUCAUUGAUGGGAAUGAUUCCGACGUGUCAGACAGAGAACCGUCUUCAACGGUUAAUAUCAAAACACCAGACAUUAACGAAGAAGUUGAUAGAGAAAGGGAACAAGAAUCAUCAUCGACUCUCGAGGGUGAAACUCCGAAAGCAGGAGGAUGGCAAACGGUUUGGAGGGGUUUCGUUAACAUGGUGGAUGUUGCAAAAUUCUUCAUCACCGCGCAAGAGGUGAGUGGUCACGCGAAAGAUUUGAUGGACGAUCUACCAGAUACAGUUGACGUUGUUGGACGAAUAAGUCACGAAACUGUUUGGGAUUAUAUCUCGAAGAUGAAGAAAACCGGUUCGAAAGAGAUUUUGGUAAUUCGACUUACCGCAGCGAAUGACGAAGAAAAGAUUCCGUAUAUAACACUGUAUAGUUAUUUGAACAGUAGAAGUCGACUUGGAGUCGUUGGAAAUGUUUCUAAGAAUAUAAAGGAUUUUUAUAUAAUGCCAUUCUCAAGUCAAAGCACGAUACCUCAGGUUCUCUUACCUUUGAACGGGCCUGGCUUCGAGGAGCACAGACCGCAUCUUCUUCUAGGAAUCAUUGUUCGCAACAAAAGAAAACGUCCGGCUGGCAUAUCGUCUUCAAGCAUACCGAUGAAAUUAUCGAAGAAGGAUACCGACCGAAGUUACACGCCACCUUUAAUAGGUGCCUCGAAAGAUAAGUCUAGCAAUGGUAGCAACGCGACAAUCAUCGUAUCUACCUCUGUUACCUCUACCGCGACACCAACGAUCCCGAUAUCAUCACCUUCCUUGGCAACCGCAACGAGUACAUAUCACAAAACACCGGCUACCACGGUCAGCACGACCGAGUCUACGAAAGAAAAACAACAUCCCGUCACUCAAACCACUCUUGACAAUUUAAAUAGAGCACAUAUAGGAAUGUCGAGGAGUACGUUACUCGAUACUGCGACCAUAUGUAAAAUAGUCCCUGAAUUGUCGUCAAAGAUCGAUCUUACCUCUUCGCCUGGUAAAGUACCUCUCGAGGACGAUGGUGACGAGCCAUAUAGUCCUGGCCAGAUGGACGAGGAAGAUAUUGAUCUUGACUUACGAACUUGUCCUACAUCGACAUCAGUAACCACAGUAGCUCCGAUAUCUGGUUCAUUGGGUAUUCACGAUGUUACUACACUCGAUAAUGGUAUCAUUUCUUCCAGUAAAAAUUCGACCGAACUCCAACGAAAAAUGGAAGAACUAAAUAGACAAAUCGAAGAACAGAAGCAACAAAUACAGAAUAUUAGUUCCUCAUUUCUCGGUGAAUCAACGCCUACUCUGCCGGGUUUAGGGCUGGACCCACCGCCCAGCGAUGAAUGCGAAGAAGCUUACAGUCCUUCGGACACGAGAUCGUUUACACCACCACCACCCACGGGUAUUUCAAAGUUCACUCAACCGAUUCUCGAAAAAGUUUCAAACAUAACGAUACCUCCAAAUUUACAAGAGAUUUUAGCAAACGUCAAACGACAAGAGAGCUCUAAAGUAGACCCGUAUUUACCUUCUAAACCUAGUGCCACGUUCUUAACUACUGCAAAUUCUUCGAUUUAUCAAAAUUCGGAAAAAUAUUCCUCAUCGCCUGGUGUAAAACUUACAAUUAGCGGAUUAAAUAAAUCCAAUUCGGAGAAAUCUAUAGUGGAAUCGUCAUCUAAUCAUCGAGAAUCUAUUUCAAAAGAGAAAGAAAGUAAGGGUACUUUGAGCUCAUUAAGCGAUUUGGAUUUAAUUAGAAAAGCAGAAGAGGAAUUAGCGGCCGUCGCAGCUGCAUCUGCCGCAAUAGUGCCAGGAAACAGGGUCACCGAAAAUUCUAUUCCAUCAAGUUUAUCUGCAACAACGACAGCUCUUUCAUCAGUUAUGGGAAUCACUACAUCUUCGUCUUUAAUUUCCCAACCAUCUGCAAAUCUGUCAAGUUUAACUUCGACGGAUUCUCCUACUCAUGAGGGAAUUCCUUACAAAAAUCCCUUUCCAGAACCUUUCAAACGAAACAUAGCCCCUGAACAACCGAAACCCCCAGGUCUCGAAGACGAGGAUUUCCCUCCGUUUCCAUCUACGCCACCAAACUUGGAAAACAAUGUAUCUAAAACGACAUCUUCUCAUUCAAAGUUCGUUCCAAAGAGUGGUAUUGUGUUAAGCGUUAAACGGAAAGUUAACGAUGACGUUCCUCCUACUUCUCCUUCCACUUCGAACAAAAUAAUAAGAAUAAAAUCUCGAUGGGGUCAGGGUCCAUCGGAAUCGAUCGAUUAGCUACUGUAUUAUACAAAAAGGACAAGCUUUUCCCAAUGAAAGGUUAACAUUAUCAAGCAUUUCAUUUGGAAAGUGGAACGUCUGUUAUGUAUUCCAAACUUUUGCGUUGAGCAAUGUAACUGUAUAUUCGGUUAACCCUGGUUAAAUUUGAGUAAAUUUGGUACAGACAUGUCAUUGGAUUGUUCUUCGACUAGAAUUCGUUGGCUGGUGACUAUUAAUAAGAAAAAAGGGCAGAGAAAUUCUUUAUUGUGUAUCUUCAGCUGUUAGUCAUAUUUUCCUACCAAAUCGAUGAUCUUGGUAUAAAUGCAAAAGCGUUUAUUAUUGUCUGAAACGUAAAAAUCGAUCUGUUAAACAUCGAUAUUUGAUCCUGUAAACCAUCUUUGCGUUUGCGUGUGUGUGUGUGUGUGCGUGCGCGCGCGCGUGUGUGUGUGCGUGUGUGCCUGUAAUGCUACAUGCGUGUGCGUAUGAGUGUGAUGUGUGCAGUAUUAAAAUCAACAAAAAAGGCAGAAAGCAAGGACAUUAAAAAAAUCAAAUAUUGUCGAAAAUACGUUGGCACGUAAGGUUAUUUUGUAAAUACCAAGGCGACAAAAGUGAACGCUCUUUUUCGUUCAAGUCCUUCGCUAUGUGUAUAUAGUCUCACUAAAAAUACUGUAAUAUAUUGUUUAAAUUUACUUGAAAGAUCAUGUAAUACGAUGCAUACGUGUUAUAUGAUCUGUCAGUGUAUAUAUAUAUAUAUAUAUAUACACAUAUACACUAUGCGUAUAUAUAUAAAUAUAUGUACACGUAAAUAUACACACACUAUAUAUAUAUGUAUAUAUAAGUUAAUUAUAAGGAUCUACGACCGACCAAUGACUUUAUUUUUCCGAUCAGCACGUUUGUACAUUUGUUUGUACGGUUCAUUUUUACGCCGUGCAUCUUUUUAACAAUUCAUAAAUAUAAUAUGAUACUUUUAAGUUUGUAAUGCUUCAUUCGGGAAAUUGAACGUUUAUGCAAAGGUGUAAUCGUAGAUUCUUUGACAUGCAUACGAUUCAAAUGCUUCAAAUUCACUACGGCUACAUUGUCUUUAUUUUUCAAUUUGAGAUCUAUGAAGAAACUAACCAAAAAUCGGCGAUCUCUCGUUUUUCCUAUUUUUGAUGUUCGUUAUAAGUUUGUAGGUACACAUUGAUAGUCUCGCGGCGUCGCAUGGUUGAUGCAUGUUGAUGCACUAGUACUACUGUGCUAUUAUUCUUACAUUAUCCUCCCUUCCAUUGAAUUUCACCUUAUUCUCUUCGUUCCAUUUUCUUCCUCUCAUCGAUGCGAUUCAUUCAAUUACAAUCUAUCUUUGAUUCGCUUGCAAGUAAUACGAAAUAUUGCUUGAAAAUCGAAGACCUAUUAGAUAUUACAAUGACAAUUAUAUGUAAAUACGGUUUCGAUUUAAUAACAUAUUGCUGAAAGUAUGCAAUUGAAAUGGAAACUUAUAUUGAUUGACACACACUUGUAUGAACAAUGUAUGUAUGUGUAUCAAAAGGAGACAAGCAUUUUGAUCAAAAGGGAGAUCGUGCAAUUUUCAUUAUUCUUACACAAAAUCUUAAUCAUUGCACGAAUAUAUCGCUCUUUUCAUAAACGAAAUCCUGUGUACGUUUAGCUAUAUUCGUUUUAUACAGAUCAAUUAUCGUUAAAUUUAAGUUUUGUACACAUUUUUGAAUAGUGUGACACAAUAACAAUUCAUUGUAUAACGACA